GCUUCUGGUCUCGUCAUUCAACCGUCGCACCUCUCCGUCGUUGCCACUGUGAACGAGGAGAGAUCAAGAAACCAAACCAAACCAGGCCAAGCGAUCAAGAGCGUAGGAGAAGAGAGCGGAGUGACAGCCACACAGUACCCAGCAUCCAGUGCGCACAGCGAUCGUCACCAUGACGGGACUUGCCACUGGUGCCAUUCGCCGCGUGAUGGCGGCCAACCGCGGUGAGAUUGCCAUCCGCAUCUUCCGCGCCGCCACGGAGCUGAACAUGGAGACUGUCGCCAUCUACAGCAAGGAAGACAUCCGAUCUGUUCACCGUUACAAGGCUGAUGAAUCGUACAUGUUGAGCCCCGACAAGGGCCCCGUUGCCGCCUACCUCGCUGUCGACGACGUUGUCCGCAUCGCCAAAGAGCAAAAGGUUGAUGCAAUCCACCCCGGUUAUGGUUUUCUGUCUGAGAGCGUGCACCUUGCCACGGCUUGCGAGCACGCUGGUAUCCGCUUCGUUGGCCCCACCUCCAAGCAGCUGCAGGCACUUGGCGACAAGACGCAGGCGCGCGCGGCCGCAAUCAAUGCCGGUCUUCCCGUCGUCGGUGGCAGCCCGCCCCUCAACUCGCUCGAGGACGCACACGCUUUUCUCGAAGGUCCUGAAGGUUUUGGCUACCCCGUGAUCAUCAAGGCUGCCAUGGGCGGUGGUGGUCGCGGUAUCCGCAUUGCCCGCAACAAGGAGGAGUUCAACCAGAACUUUGAGCGCUGCAGAUCAGAGGCCCUUGUACGAAUUGGACGUGUGUGUGGGUGUGGGUGUGUUUGUUUUUUGUGCCUGUGUGUGCUAGUUUGCUUGUGUGUGUGGGUGGUUGAGAUUGCCCCUGCCCCGCACCUGCCCUCCGAUGUUCGCCAGCAGCUCUGCCAGGAUGCUGUUGCGAUUGGCCGCUCUCUCAACUACCGCAACGCCGGCACCGUCGAGUUCCUCGUCGACACAUCCGAUGGCCGUCAUUACUUCAUGGAGGUGAACCCGCGCAUCCAAGUCGAACACACCGUCACGGAGAUGGUGACUGGCAUUGACCUUGUGCAAUCACAGCUGAUGAUUGCUGGCGGCGCGACGCUGCAAGAUCUCGAGCUCAAGCAGGACACAAUCGCCACUCGUGGAUACAGCAUCCAGGCGCGCAUCACCACGGAGGACCCGCUCAACGACUUUGCCCCCGAUACAGGUCGCAUCCAGACGUGGAGGCCCGCUGUUGGGUUCGGCAUUCGCCUUGAUGGCGGCACACUGCAUGACGGCGCCGAGGUCCUCCCCUUCUACGACAGCAUGCUCAUCAAGGUGACGAGCCACGCCAUGAAGUACGAGGAUGCCGUGCACAAGCUGUCCCGCGCACUGAUUGAGAGCCGCAUCCGCGGUGUGCGCACGAACGUUCCCUUUAUCCUGAAUGUGCUGCGGCACCCGACCUUCCUUGGCGGCGGUGUCACCACCCGCUUCAUCGAGGAGCACCCGGAGCUCAUGGAGUUCCCAGAGCGCCAGAACCGCGCCGGCAAGCUGCUGAACUACCUGGGCGAUCUUGUUGUCAACGGCCGUUCGGUUGUUGGGGCAACAGGCCCAGACCCGGAGCCUGUGGAGAUUAUCAUGCCCUCUACCCACUACGAACGCCCAUGCGAGGAAGGCUUCAGGAACAUUCUCACGCGCGACGGCCCAAAGGCGUUUGCAAAGGCUGUUCGGGAGCACCGCGGCCAUUUGCUGAUGGACACAACGUGGCGUGACGCGCACCAGUCACUGCUCGCCACCCGACUCCGCACAAAGGACAUCCUCACCAUCGCCCCCGCCACAUCACACAUCCUCAAGGGCCUGUACUCGAUUGAGAACUGGGGUGGCGCGACCUUCGACGUGGCCAUGCGUUUCCUGCACGAGUGCCCUUGGGAGCGCCUUGAGCAGAUGCGUGAGCUCGUUCCAAACAUCCCCUUCCAGAUGCUGCUUCGUGGCGCAAACGCCGUUGGCUACAAGGCGUACCCGGACAACGUCAUCUACGAGUUCUGCCGCACGGCUCACAAGUACGGCAUGGACGUGUUCCGCGUGUUUGAUUCGCUCAACGACAUGGAGAACCUGCGGGUUGGCAUUGACGCUGCCGGAAGCGCCGGCGGUGUUGUUGAAGGCACCCUCUGCUACACAGGCGACCUGACCAACCCUGCCAAAACCAAGUACACGCUCGACUACUACCUGAAACUCGCCGAGGAGCUUGUCAACCUCGGCUCGCACGUGCUCUGCAUCAAGGACAUGGCUGGUGUGCUGAAGCCUGACGCGGCAACGCAGCUCGUCUCUGCGCUGCGCAGCGAACACCCUGAUGUCCCGAUUCACGUGCACACACACGACACCUCUGGCCUGAGCGCGUUUUCCAUGAUUGCCGCUCUCAACGCGGGUGCUGACGUCGUCGACGCAGCAACAGACAGCAUGUCUGGGAUGACGUCGCAGCCGAGCAUGGGCGCCAUCGUGAGCCACUUCAUGCGCGGGUCGGAGUCGCUCUGCGGCAUCAACCCAGUCGAGCUCAACGAACUCAACGAGUACUGGGAGAGCACACGCCUCCUCUAUUCCCCGUUCGAGUCUGGCCAGAAGAGCGGCAGUGCGGAUGUGUUUGUGCAUGAGAUUCCUGGCGGGCAGUACACCAACCUCUUCUUCCAGGCGACGUCGCUCGGGCUCUCGUCCCAGUGGCGUUCCAUCAAGCACGCGUACGCUGCAGCAAACCGCAUCUGCGGCGACAUUGUCAAGGUGACGCCGAGCUCGAAGGUUGUUGGCGACUUGGCGCAGUUUAUGGUGCAGAACCACUUGACUGAGCAGAACGUGUACGACCGGGCAGAGACACUCAACUUCCCCACGAGUGUGGUGGAGUACUUCCAAGGAUACCUUGGCACGCCGCCAGGCGGCCUCCCCGAACCGCUUCGCACGCGCAUCGUCAAGGACAAGCCACUCAUCACCGGCCGACCUGGUGCGACGAUGGAGCCGCUUGAUCUUGAAGCGCUGCGCCUCGACCUCCACGCCAAGUUCAGCCCCGAGGGUGUCAAGAAGAACCCGGCCCUCGCAAGCAAGUACAUUACCGACAAGGACCUCAUGAGCGCAGCCAUGUACCCCAAGGAGUAUGAGGACUACCGCAAGUUCAAGGAGCAGUUUGGAGACGUGUCGAAACUGCCCACGCGCGAGUUUAUUGCCCCGAUGCAGCCGGGACAGGAGGUCACCGUGGACCUGCAAAAGGGCAAGACUGUGCUGAUUAAGUAUCUGGCUGACGGUCCCGUGGACAAAGAGAAGAACGAGAAGCAGGUCUUCUUCGACGUCAACGGCGUUCCCCGCGCAGUUUCCAUCAAGUCAAAGGCGUCUGGUCCCGUGAAGGAGGCGAAAAAGGCAGACCCGGGCAACAAGGGAUCCCUCGGUGCGCCCAUGCCUGGCGCUGUGGUUGAGGUACAUGUUGGUGUUGGCGAUAAGGUGAAGGCGAACCAGUCGCUUGUUGUCCUCAACGCCAUGAAGAUGGAGACCGUCGUCGCAGCGCCAUUCGCAGGCGUUGUCACGGCUGUUGAGGUUUCCCAGGGCGACACCAUCUCUGGUGGUGAUCUGCUGCUGGAGAUCCAGCCCGAGUAAACCCCAACGCGCGGUCCUCACCGCCGCUGCUGCUGCUGACACGAUCCACCCUUUGGUUCUUGUGGGUCGUCUGCUGAUGUGAUUUUGUUGUCGCUGCCGUUGUGUGUGUGUGUGUAUGUGUGUGUGUGUGUUGCUGUUUGUGUCGAUGCGAUGCCAUGUGGGUGGAAGGGCGCUUCGUCGUGUACGGAAGCGAAAUGCCCUGCUCUUGUUGUUGUCUUGGCAAAGAUGCGGUUGCGUCUGCAUAAACACAUGCACAGCAGUUUUGGUACAGGUUUCCCGCC